GUCAGUAGCAGGCCAGCGCCCAGAGCCGAUCAGACGGAGGUGAAUGCACGAAUAGGCAAGCCUACUGCAGAGAGAGACGCACUCACAUCGAGCAUCCCUGUUGCCUCGUCAUUUGCGGAGACAUCGGGGCACGCAAACACUACGCACCUGGCACAGUCAAUACAACAGGGCGAGGGGAAAAUAUUGUGUAAUAGCGUUAUUACGAUUUGAACAGAUCAAGUAGGCUAGUAUUCUUGGUAUAGAAAGAAGUGCAUUGCUGUUUACAGUGGUGGGUCGCUCCACUAGCCUCAAGGAUAACGCAUUUUCCUAACAAUGGUAAUGCAUCAGUAGAGAGAGCCUCCAGCCCAACCCUCCCUCUCUUCAUACCGAGACCCCUCAUCCAGACUGAGACUGUCUCCAGCACCAACACACCACUCCCCUCACCCCGCCCUUGCCCCGCCCCACCCAGACAUGGCUGCUUCUAAGGGUGGCUACGAGGGCAAGAUCGCCGGCCUCUACGACCUGGAUCGCACGCUGGGGAAAGGCCACUUCGCCGUGGUCAAGCUGGCCCGCCACGUCUUCACAGGCCAGCUGGUGGCGGUCAAGGUGAUUGACAAGACCAAGUUGGACACCAUGGCAACGGGCCACCUGCUGCAGGAGGUGCGCUGUAUGAAGCUGGUGCAGCACCCCAACGUGGUGCGGCUAUAUGAGGUCAUCGACACCGCCACCAAGCUCUACCUCAUCCUGGAGCUGGGCGAUGGAGGGGACAUGUAUGACUAUAUCCUGCGCCACGAGGGUGGAGUGGCCGAGGACACGGCUAAAGUUCACUUCGCCCAGAUCGUCCAGUCCAUCUCCUACUGCCACCGGCUCCAUGUGGUGCACCGAGACCUCAAGCCAGAGAAUGUGGUGUUCUUCAGGCAGCAGGGUACAGUCAAGCUGACCGACUUCGGCUUCAGCAACCUCUUCAAGCCCGGGACCAUGCUGAUGACCAGCUGUGGUUCGCUGGCUUACUCCGCCCCAGAGAUCCUGCUGGGGGAUGAGUAUGACGCUCCGGCUGUAGAUAUUUGGUCACUGGGGGUGAUCCUCUUCAUGCUGGUGUGUGGACAGCCGCCAUUCCAGGAGACCAAUGACAGUGAGACGCUCACCAUGAUUAUGGACUGUCGCUACACCGUCCCCACCCAUGUCUCCGCAGACUGUAAAGAUUUGAUCUCCCGUAUGCUGCAGAGGGACCCGUCUAGUCGUGCCUCCCUGGAGAAGAUCGAGAACCAUCCCUGGCUGCAGGGGGUCAACCCCUCCCCCACAGGGCACAGUGCCGCCCCCCUCACCUCCCACCGCAGCCUGUCCCAGGAGGAACACGAGAUCAUCCUCCAUGCCAUGACCAGCGGCAACAUCUCUGACCGCGAUGCCAUCCAACAGGCUCUAGAAGCGGAUCAAUACAACCACAUCACAGCCACGUAUUACCUGCUGGGGGAGCGCAUCCUGAGAGACAAGCAGGAGCAGCCCAGCGAGAUCCCGAAAGUCGACAGUUCGUGGGCCGAACCAUCACAACUCCAGAGGCCGCGGUCUGAGCCUCUGGAUCUGGAGCAGAGGGGGCUCCAUGGCCUGCUGGCUGGCUGUCCCCGCCGAGGGGUGUCUGAUGCUGUGGACUUCCUGACCCACAGGCCCCUGCUGCUUCAGCCACAGCCAAGUCGCACAGAGAGCCCCUUCCCUGAGUACAGCACAGAGCCCUACCUGGGGCUCACCCUGCGCCCUUCACCCCCUGACGAACCUCCACAGAUCAAGAGCCUGGGAGCCCUGCAGCUCAUCUGUGAAGAGGAAGAGGAGGAGGAAGAUGAGGCGGAAGAGACAGGCAAACCACAUGUUGGACUUCAUAAUAUUCAAACACUGCCUCAUAUAAUAGGCUUGGUAUCAACCUCUGUGUCUACAGAACAGUCUAGUCCCAUGCUCACAGCUCCAGAGGCUCCACAGAGCCCAGUCAGAGUAGUCCUAGCUCAGGGAGAGGAAACAGGCCUGUUAGCCACCUCAGUGGAGGAGGCACUGGAGACAGAGAGGGGGGAGUGGGACAGGGAGCUGCAGGCCAGGGUUUCUAGCCACAGCAGAGAGAUGGAGCCUGACCAGCUGGCAGCCAUACAGGAACAAGAACAGGGUACGAUGGAGUCAGGGGAGAAGCCCAUGGAGGAAGGAGACAUGUCAUGUGACCAGGUGGCAGCCAUACAGGAACAAGAACAGGGUACGAUGGAGUCAGGGGAGAAGCCCAUGGAGGAAGGAGACAUGUCAUGUGACCAGCUGGCAGCCAUACAGGAACAAGAACAGGGUACGAUGGAGUCAGGGGAGAAGCCCAUGGAGGAAGGAGACAUGUCAUGUGACCAACUGAGGCUAGGUAGUCAUUUGACUUCAGACCAGCCAAUCAAUAGUAGUUCGAUCAGCCCUAAAGCUCACCCUCCAUACCUGCAUCGCCUCGGGGGGGUGCAGUGUUGUUGUGGGCAACAGGAAACUCCCAGCCCAGACAUCAUAGAAGGGGAAGAUGCUAUUCUUAAAAACAACAACACCACAGAGUCCAAGCUUAAGCUCCUGGUGCAGGGUGGGGGGCCCACCCCAGGCGCCUCACCCCGCUUUCUGCCCCAUAACCACUGUGUGGACCUGGGCCCCGACGGGGUGGAGACGACCCGCAAGGUGAAAGGGCCUGUUGGGGAGUCUGAAGGGGACACUCCGGAGGAGCUUCAAUUAGAGAGAUCCCACAAUGCACCACAGGGUCGCCUUGGGCCCAGGGAGACGGGGACCGACCCUACGUUCAGACUGGAUCCUGGAAAGGGGAAGAACGUGAACCUGAGAGACCGCCUGCUGCAGUUCCCUCUCUGUGAGAAGGCCCUGUCCUUCAACAUCCAGCCCACCUCCAAGGAGAAACUCCUGCCCUUCGCCCAGUACAACUGCUGCCAUGUACUGUAGGCAGGGCCACCUGUAGAUACCCUAUACCUCCCACAUUACUCACUCUGUCCCCUAGCCAAGGGGUAGGAAUGGGCAUCACUCCAGACACCCUCACACCAGGCCCAGACCCUGUCACUGUUCCAUCUACUUCAACUUCAACACAAAACACUGGUGCAGACAGUAAACCUAAACGGAAUUAUCAUACUGUGACCUCCGACACGUUCCAGCCAAUUGUAGUUAGACCUGUGUAGCCCCCACCCUGACCUCUUUAUACUUACUGUCUAGUGCUGCUUUCUUUACGAGACAAACACUGGACCUCAUUGUGCUGCUAUGUACUGGACUAUAGAAAAUGCUUUUUGUGUGGUCUUCUUAGACUAUCACUAUAUACUGUAGCUUUGAAUUGAUUGCUAUUUUAUUUGCCCUUGUAUCAUAGCUUUUCAUUUAGUACUAGCUUAUCUAGAACUGAGCCCAUUUUAGCAUAUGGUAUGUUGUCACUCUGAGGCCUGCUAGUACAGUGCUAUAAUUGGAAUGUGUAAGAUGAUGCAUGCUGUAUAGGUGAAAGCUACACUCCAUGCCUCAGGCGCCAUCCUUCGUUAGCUCAGCUAGCAGCAUGAUGGAAGGUGUGAUGAGGCUCUAGACAGUGUAGCUGGAAGCAGGGUAUCAUUUAAUGAGGGGGGUUACUUACGUCAAUGACAUUGUUGGUGCACUAAUGUGGGUGGAUUGUUGAAUCUCAGUGGUACACAGUAGUGCAGAGGAGAUGUGUCGGGCAGCGUUGCUCAUGGUCACGUGAUGAAGUAGCCCCGCUUGCAAACUUCAAAACCAGUGUCUGACCUUGGACCAUGGGGGAAUUUCCUCUUGGUCUAAUGGUCUGGUUGCUCCCUAGGGAGACCCGCGAUGAUAUCCUGUAUGUUACAUUGGCGCCCAACGUGAGGCGAUCUCUCGUGGGGGAGGAGGUCAAAGGGGGGUGAAUGUAGUGGACUUGUCAGACUUGGUUGCUCAUGGUCACGUGAUCAGGGUCUGCGUUGGGACCCGUGGGAGACCAUGGUUCAUAUCACGUGUGUUACAGUAGCAAGGCUUGGGAUGUAAACUGAAUGUAAGAGCAACACCCAGGGAGAGAAACAUUUUUGGACAGAGUUUCAUAAUGGAGACUUAAAAAUAUACACUGCUCAAAAAAAUAAAGGGAACACUUAAAUAACACAAUGUAACUCCAAGUCAAUCACACUUCUGUGAAAUCAAACUGUCCACUUAGGAAGCAACACUGAUUGACAAUAAAUGUCACAUGCUGUUGUGCAAAUGGAAUAGACAACAGGUGGAAAUUAUAGACAAUUAGCGAGACACCCCCAAUAAAGGAGCAGUUCUGCAGGUGGGGACCACAGACCACUUCUCAGUUCCUAUGCUUCCUGGCUGAUGUUUUGGGCACUUUUGAAUGCUGGCGGUGCUUUCACUCUAGUGGUAGCAUGAGACGGAGUCUACAACCCACACAAGUGGCUCAGGUAGUGCAGCUCAUCCAGGAUGGCACAUCAAUGCGACCUGUGGCAAGAAGGUUUGCUGUGUCUGUCAGCGUAGUGUCCAGAGCAUGGAGGCGCUACCAGGAGACAGGCCAGUACAUCAGGAGAUGUGGAGGAGGCCUUAGGAGGGCAACAACCCAGCAGCAGGACCGCUACCUCCGCCUUUGUGCAAGGAGGAGCAGGAGGAGCACUGCCAGAGCCCUGCAAAAUGACCUCCAGCAGGCCACAAAUGUGCAUGUGUCUGCUCAAACGGUUCAGAAACAGACUUCAUGAGGGUGGUAUGAGGGCCGACGUCCACAGGUGGUGUUUGUGCUUACCGUGCAGGACGUUUGGCAUUUGCCAGAGAACACCAAGAUUGGCAAAUUCGCCACUGGCGCCCUGUGCUCUUCACAGAUGAAAGCAGGUUCACACUGAGCACAUGUGACAGACGUGACAGAGUCUGGAGACGCUGUGGAGAACGUUCUGCUGCCUGCAAAAUCCUCCAGCAUGACCGGUUUGGCGGUGGGUCAGUCAUGGUGUUGGGUGGCAUUUCUUUGGGGGGCCGCACAGCUCUCCAUGUGCUCGCCAGAGGUAGCCUGACUGCCAUUAGGUACCGAGAUGAGAUCCUCAGACCCCUUGUGAGACCAUAUGCUGGUGCGGUUGGCCCUGGGUUCCUCCUAAUGCAAGACAAUGCUAGACCUCAUGUGGCUGGAGUGUGUCAGCAGUUCCUGCAAGAGGAAGGCAUUGAUGCUAUGGACUGGCCCGCCCGUUCCCCAGACCUGAAUCCAAUUGAGCACAUCUGGGACAUCAUGUCUCGCUCCAUCCACCAACGCCACGUUGCACCACAGACUGUCCAGGAGUUGGCGGGUGCUUUAGUCCAGGUCUGGGAGGAGAUCCCUCAGGAGACCAUCCGCCACCUCAUCAGGAGCAUGCCCAGGCAUUGUAGGGUGGUCAUACAGGCACGUGGAGGCCACACACACACUACUGAGCCUCAUUUUGACUUGUUUUAAGGACAUUACAUCAAAGUUGGAUCAGCCUGUAAUGUGGUUUUCCACUUUAAUUCUGAGUGUGACUCCAAAUCCAGACCUCCAUGGGUUGAUACAUUUGAUUUCCAUUGAUAUUUUUUGUGUGAUUUUGUUGUCAGCACAUUCAACUAUGUAAAGAAAAAAGUAUUUAAUAAGAAUAUUUCAUUCAUUCAGAUCUAGGAUGUGUUAUUUUAGUGUUCCCUUUAUUUUUUUGAGCAGUGUAUAUAUAUAUAUGGUAUCAGCUAAGUAAAUGCAGGUCUUCCAGCUUAUUUGUGUAUAUGUACUUUAUUCUUACAAAUGCUAUUGAACUCUUUUAUCAUAACGUAUUUUUUGUUGUUGUAGAAGAGAGGUGUGUGAUUAUAACAAUUGUUUUGUGUUGUAAGUUUUGACAGAAUUCAUCCGGAGUGAUCAUGAGUCUCAUGAGUGCCCAUACGGGGGAAAAAAAUACAUUUCAAAUAUAUGUUUUGAUAAAUUAUUUAGGAUACAUGUGAAAUUUAAAAACAAAAUUGGCCAAAUAAUGCAUUUUUAUUUAUUGAAUACACUUUAAAUACAUUCCGACAUAAAUUACAGAAUAUAUUUAAAAGGUUUAUAUCAAUGUUUAUAAAAUGUAUAUCACAAUAUAUGUUAAGGUCAUCAGAAAAUGUAUUUAAUGUAUUUUAAAAUGCACUCUGAAAUACAUUAAAGAUGUAUUUUAGAAUAUAUUUUGACAUGUAUUUGGAAGUGUUUUGUUAAAUAUAUUCCAACAUGCAUUUAAAUGUAUUUGUAAGAAAUAUAUUUUUUUAUUAAAAUGUAUGGCAAACAUGGAAAAGAAAUGCCAAAUCAUAUUGCAGCAAAAUGGUGACUGUCUUAACAAUGAAGCUUUAGUAGGCUCUUUGGUAUCACAUGCAGUUAUGUGAGUCUCAUUAAGACUGCAGAACUGUCAGUCUACAAGCUCAACAUUUAAGCACAGAACACAACAUAACACAUUAAGUGUCAUGUCAAUUUGUCACAUGAGAGGCUAAAAAGACUUAGCCACACCCCAACAAGCCACACCUCCAAGUCUUCUAAUAGGCUGCCACUAUUACACAAUCUAUCUUGUCAAAAUGCAUUUAUUGUACUUGACACAUACCAAAAGCACUAACAUGAAAAUACAUGCAUUUAAAUGACUACAAAAAUAACUACAAAUAUGAUACAUUAUCGGUCAGUGAAUGUGCAUAUGACAAAUAAACAAACAAACUUGA